AUGACCCUAUCUAGUGAAGAAGAAGAUAUCUCUAAGCUGAUACGAAAGUUGAGUGUGGGGCUUGAAAAUAUUCAUAACGACUAUCCUGAGUUGAAGAUUCAAAGUUGGGUUUCAGAGAAAACAGACUUGAGAAUCAUGCUUAGUACAACAACUACAGCCGCAAGCCAGAGUGUAGAAGAACGGCUCUCAUGGGCAGAUCUGCCUACGGAUAUCCUCAACAGUAUUCUCUGGAUUGCCAAUGAGAAAAUGGAUCGUGGCUUCUUCAACACGGAGCGCAACCUACUCUCUGAAUGCCAGCAUGUCUGUAAAUCAUGGAGUAGAGCAGCGCAAGCCAUGCUUUAUAGAAAAGUAGACCUGAAUGCAAGAAAUAUCCACUCUUUUAUUCAAGUCAUUACCAAUGGCACUUCCGCCGCGCGUCCAGCUUGCUUGCUUGUGCACCAUAUCCAUUUUGAUCAGACGUUUUCAAGGGUGGAUUUUCUCGAGUAUAUUGAACCGAUCAAAAUUUUGUUUAGCGUCUGCAGCCGCCUUCGACAUGUCACCUGUGCCAAAGAAUCACAGCAUUUGAUCCUGUCUUGCCUUGGUGCGGCUCACAGCGGCAAUCUGCCACACCUCCAAUCCAUCUGCUGUCCCACCGCUUCAAGUGCUCACGAAGAUACCAGCAUGUCGCUCAACAGUCUUUUUCCUUUCAAAAGCUCUUUGGCACGGAUCUAUAUCAGAAAAGCGAACACGUGGUCCCUAUCGCAGCAAAUUCUCUACAAAAACCUGAUGGCCUAUUUGGGCGACUACACCGGGUUACGGAAACUCGUGGUGCAGGUCACAGAAAGUCUCUCGUUGGCCGAAUUUGACAGCAUUGUCAACAGCUGUCAGCAGUUGGAAGAGAUCUCGAUCUCGCACUUGUCUUUUAUCCACGACACCCAUGUGGACGUUUUGACGCAACGCUUGGUGUAUCACAAGAACGUGCAAAAGUUGCAUGUCGUUGAUUUGUCACUGCAUGAUGUGUCUAUCUUGGAGUACCUGACGAAAAAGUUUGUUCAUUUGCAAACGUUCAAAACACAACUGCCAGUAUCACACACACAGUACUUGAUGGCCGAAUGGGAGGCACUGAUGCAUUCCAUCAAACACCUUCCAAACUACGAGGUCGUGACGAAAGCAUGGCACUUUGACGAAAUUCUGAAAGCGUAUGUCGGUCAUAUCUACAACAAAACGAGCAGCAGCAGCAGCAGCAGCAGCAGCAGCAGCGGUCGCGUCAAGAAAAAAGUCGUCGAGAUUCACUUUAAUUCUCUCAAUUACGAUCCAAAUACGCCCACUGUCAUCUACGCCUUCAAUGAGUUUAUAAGGAAUGCAAACACAGAAAUAAUGCGAUUUCGUGUCGGCGGACACACCGCCAUUCAAAAGUAUCUGGAGCUGCUUACGGACACGAUCCGACAAGCGUCUCCUCAUGACGUGGUCGUGACAGGGUUGAAUUAUUUUGGCCCUUAUUACAAGCGACUCAAAGAAAAAGAUCUCCAUCACUUUCGGGUCAAGGACUACCAUCCCUUCUUUUUUAAUACGGUGGAUGCUAUUUUAAGAGCAUGCGAAAACAUUCCCGAUCUGCAGUUGACACUCGGCGAUCUCAUUUUGAGAGAUACGUCUACGUCUACCAAAGAAGAAGAGUAUCCCAAAAUGAAGAGGCUAAAACAAUUGACCCUGGAUCAUUCGGUCCUUCAUCGUAUGGCGUUACCGCUUUUAUCUCGACGAGUGGAUACAGUCGACACACUUCGAUUGAACAUGUGUGAUUUAACAGGACAACAGGAACAGCAGCAGCAGCAGCAGCAGCAGCACAAACAGCAACAGCAACAACAACAGCUCCAUCAUGGGUUGUUCAAAAACACGACACCUCAAGCCAUGAGUCGUGGUCUCGGUCAUGGAGCGAGGGGAGACCCUGAAGACGGGGGCAACCAAACGGCAAAGUCCUUGUGUAUUGACUUGCCUUUUACAAAGGUCAACACGCUCAUAUUGAUUUUACCGACGUAUUAUUCAAAAGAUGACCCAUACAAAUACGUUGAACUUUUGCACGGUUUAUCUGUGCAGAAUGGCAUGUAUUUGCUUAAAAUUGAGACGGAAGAAGACGGGACAUUCUAUCGUUGUUUCAAAAGGUUUUCGCAAAAGGUCGAGAUGAAUGAUCUGUUGCCCUUGUUUUGUAACCAGUUACUCGACAAAGAGGUGCCUUUUGUCAUUUCUGUCAAAUGUAAGCGUCUUGAACGUUUGAUUCUCUCGAACGGUGAAGCUGAACUAUUUACUGUAGACAAGGCAGCGCUUUAA